AUGAUUGAUCUUAAGAGCCUCUUUCCCUCCGUAACGGCAUUCAUUGCCUUCAUCCUCAUACUCUGCUGCAUAUUUGCCGGCACUCAAAAAAACCUUCUAAAUAAUGCCGAUCUCUUCACGCUCUACACACCCCAAGCAGGCUACGAAUCAGCAGCUUGUGACUUUUAUUCCAUUCAUGUCAUGUCAUAUUGCCAGGGCAUCGUUGGUGUUGUCGAGCCGGGGGCAUCAGCUAUUACGCGUAACGUGACCGGUUGUUCCAACCGCAAUAUCCUCUUCUCCUUCGAUCCAACACAAGCUUGGCCUGAUCAGGUCUCCCAUGGCCCGACACUAUCAUGGCCGCGCGUCCUAAGUGAUGAUUUCACGGCUUUCAGGAUAACUACCCAGUCUAUGGGAGUAUUUUAUUGUCUGGGUGUGAGUGCAGUAGGCGUUGCUCUUGUAGUGCGGGCAGCAUCCUUUUUCACGCCUAGCCCACAACAUGGUCUAUUUGAAUCAGGUUUCCUUAUGCUCGGAUGGUUUAGCAUCACCAUUUCAUCUAUAAUCGCAUCAAUAAUAGCUUUUGAAUUCGUGGGCUUGAUCAACGCCCAUGGCGAUGGCUCCAACGUAUCGGCUAAGUACGGAGAGCGAUUUCUAGGUAUGACUUGGGCAUCAGCGGCACUACUCCUCCUCGGUAGUAUCGUGAGCUUCGUCAACCUUUCCCGAGGUACAGAGAGUGCGGCCCCCCUUCACAAAGACGAGGAGGAGGGUUAG